ACAGCGGUGACUGUGGGUGACUCCACAGAAGCCACGAUGCAGCCUCUUGAUUCCAUGGAGGAUGGCGAGACGGAGGUCAGUGGCAGCAGGUAUUCUAUUAAAAGCUCCAGACUACGACCAAAUUCUGGAAUCAAGAGUUUGGCAGUCUUCAAGGCCCCAAAUACCCAGUGGCAGGAGGAACCCAAGCAAGAGAAGAUCCUUGAGGAACUGAACCAGCUGACAGAUGAACUUAUGUCCAGGAUCCCCAUCUCCCAGGGGCAGAAUGAGUCCAUGCAGGAGAAGAUCUCUGAGCAACUGACUCAGCUGAAGGCUGAACUCCUAUCCAGGAUCCCCGUCUUCCAAGUGCAGAAUGAAUCCAUGCAAGAGAAGAUCUCUGAGCAACUGACACAGCUGAAGGCUGAACUCCUUUCCAAGUUCCCCAGCCUCCAGGUACAGGAUAAGUCUAAGCAGGAGAAGAUCUACCAACAGCUGGUACAGAUGAAGACUGAACUCCUCCGCCUGUGUCGACUCUGCCCCUGGGACUGGACAUUCCUCCUAGGAAACUGUUACUUCUUAUCCAAGUCCCAACGGAACUGGAAUGAUGCCGUCACAGCUUGCAAAGAAGAGAAGGCUCAAUUAGUCAUCAUCAAUAGUGAUGAAGAGCAGACCUUCCUACAGCAGACUUCUAAAGCUAAAGGACCAACCUGGAUGGGGCUGUCAGACCUGAAGAAUGAAGCCACAUGGCUCUGGGUAGAUGGUUCUACUCUGUCAUCCAGAUUCCAGAAAUAUUGGAAUAGAGGGGAGCCCAACAACAUCGGUGAAGAAGACUGUGUAGAAUUUGCUGGGGAUGGCUGGAAUGACUCCAAAUGUGAACUCAAAAAGUUCUGGAUUUGCAAGAAGUCUGCGACCGCAUGCGCUGAAGGCUAG